CAUGUCAAAUUCAUUUUAAUAUUGAAAACAAUAAUAAAUAAAUAAAAAAAAAACUAUUGUUAUUACUAACAUUGUGUAUAGAGUUUCCAAUUAAAGUGUAUUUUACAAACUAAGUACAUCUGUGUUGAAAAAUGACUAACAAAGACUCUAAACCGGAGCCGGAGGAGACCAAUCGUAUGUUGGCGAGUGCGUCUUUUGUUGGUCUGCUCAUCGUGAUCGGUCUACCGCUCUGGUGGAAGACGACAGAAGUCUACAGAGUAUCGCUACCAUACGACAAGAUAAGCGAAUUCGACACGCAGGCGCAUUACAUCACCACUGAACUGACAGUCCUCGCUAAUGAUGAGAAGACCGCAGCUGAAGUCACCGAGCUCAUCGAGAAGGCUUUCAAAGACUAUGAUGUUUUAAACCUCAAGAUAACGAAGGUAGUACUCCCGGAAGGUUUGCGCAGGAGUCUGGACUCGGUCGCAGAUGAACAUGAAGCGGUGGAGGAAGUGGGGGGUGCUUACGACCUCCCACAGCACAAUAAACUGUAUGUCGUCCAGCGAUCACCACUAUUCCAGGAUGUAUGGCUUGGUACUGAGAGGGUUGUAUUCUUUAGGGAUGCUAAAGCGGCCAAUACCCUCGCAAAAGUCUUAAAGCAAUGGAUCUACGAGCCGUCAGUGCUGAGAGGCGCGAGGUCCGAGACGGCGGACUCGACGCGGCGCGUGCGCUUCCCUCCCGGACAGGGGUACCAUGUGGUGCUGUCCGUGGUGCACCCUCGGCCACAGGACCUGAAGGUGGAAUUAAACGCGAGGGAGGCGGUUGAAGAUUACAUCGGCUCGUUCGUGGAUGAGUUGUCAGAGCUGCAUAACUUCACCCUCAAGUCGCAGUGGCUCUAUCUCCUCAACUUUGACUUCCAGGCGACAGAGGUGAAGGAGGAGGGCGAGUGGGGGCGGCAGCUGGCGGUGCGCGAGGAGCGCCUGCACCUGCUGCUGACGGCACUGGAGGGGCGCGCCGCCACGCACGUCUCCGACCUGCCCACCCUCAACCUGGCGCUGUACGUGCUGCCCUGCGCACAGGCGCCCCUCGUCAUCUACGACUCCGACAAUAAAAAAGUAUCGAGUCCAGUGCAAGCGUUCAUGUCCCCGAAGUGGGGGGGCGUGGUGUUCGGCAACCCCUCCCCCGCGGCGUGCGCCACCGCCCCCGCCGACGCCAGCGCCCCCGCCCCCUCCUGGGCGCCGCCGCUCCCCCUCGUCAUGGGCACCUUCAUAGCGCAGCUGCGGGAGCUGCUCGGCAUCACGGACAAGGCAAGUAUCUCCGGCGCGCACCUGGAGGCGCUGCGGGCGGUGUCGCCGCGCCGCUGGGAGCUGGACGCGCUGCUGCGUCUGCGCACGCUGGAGCAGCUCGCCGCCGCGCACCACCACCUGCGCUCGCUGGCGCAGCUGCUCGGUGAGAUAUCGAACAUAGUGAUAAACGACGAGGUGGGCGCGGGCAUCAACUCGGCGGUGACGUCAUCGGGCGCGGGGCGCGCGGCUGCGGAGCGCGGCGCCCUCCUGCGCGCCUACAGAGACUCUCUUGACGCCUACCUCGCCGCCGAGACCGCCUUCAUGGAGCCCAGUCUGCUCGCGCUGCUCUACUUCCCUGAUGAUCAGAAAUAUGCAAUCUACAUUCCACUGUUCCUGCCCAUCAUGUUCCCAGUCGUACUCUCUCUGAAGAACUUAUUGCUCUGGCUUAAAAAGAAACCUCAAACUAAAGAGAAGACUGAUUAAAAUGCUUAUUUUAACCUAUAGAAGUUAUUUAAUAAAGUUUAAUAUGAUAA